AUGGCAUACGUCCGUCAGCCAUCUCCUCGUCCCUACCUCACAAGUUCUAUCACCACACGAAAGGACACGCCCAGUGUCAAUUGCGGUGUUCAUACAGAAAAUCCUUCUCUUCACAAUGAUACAACCCUUCAAAAGGAACCUCAACCAAAUAGGGCACCUGUACAAGUACGUCCCAAACGAACCUGUGGGAAACCUGUCCGCUAUCAGGACAUGGAAUCCAAAGAUAUGAGGGUAGAUUCUGACAGUGCACCAAACUGCAAAGUUAAACGUGUUCAACAGCAACACACUCCCAACCCAGGGCGCAGAGACCUUCCGUCUAGCCUGUUAGAUGUUGCUGCAUCCCCACAGCAACACACUCCCACCCCAGGGUGCAGAGACCUUCCGUCUAGCCUGUUAGAUGUUGCUGCAUCCCCACAGCAACACACUCCCACCCCGGGGCGCAGAGACCUUCCGUCUAGCCUGUUAGAUGUUGCUGCACCCCCACAGCAACACACUCCCACCCUGGGACGCAGAGACCUUCCGUCUAGCCUGUUAGAUGUUGCUGCAUCCCCACAGCAACACACUCCCACCCCAGGGCGCAGAGACCUUCCGUCUAGCCUGUUAGAUGUUGCUGCAUCCCCACAGCAACACACUCCCACCCCAGGGCGCAGAGACCUUCCGUCUAGCCUGUUAGAUGUUGCUGCAUCCCCACAGCAACACACUCCCACCCCAGGGCGCAGAGACCUUCCGUUUAGCCUGUUAGAUGUUGCUGCAUCCCCACAGCAACACACUCCCACCCCAGGGCGCAGAGACCUUCCGUCUAGCCUGUUAGAUGUUGCUGCAUCCCCACAGCAACACACUCCCACCCCAGGGCGCAGAGACCUUCCGUCUAGCCUGUUAGAUGUUGCUGCAUCCCCACAGCAACACACUCCCACCCCAGGGCGCAGAGACCUUCCGUCUAGCCUGUUAGAUGUUGCUGCAUCCCCACAGCAACACACUCCCACCCCAGGGCGCAGAGACCUUCCGUCUAGCCUGUUAGAUGUUGCUGCAUCCCCACAGCAACACACUCCCACCCCAGGGCGCAGAGACCUUCCGUCUAGCCUGUUAGAUGUUGCUGCAUCCCCACAGCAACACACUCCCACCCCAGGGCGCAGAGACCUUCCGUCUAGCCUGUUAGAUGUUGCUGCAUCCCCACAGCAACACACUCCCACCCCAGGGCGCAGAGACCUUCCGUCUAGCCUGUUAGAUGUUGCUGCAUCCCCACAGCAACACACUCCCACCCCAGGGCGCAGAGACCUUCCGUCUAGCCUGUUAGAUGUUGCUGCAUCCCCACAGCAACACACUCCCACCCCAGGGCGCAGAGACCUUCCGUCUAGCCUGUUAGAUGUUGCUGCAUCCCCACAGCAACACACUCCCACCCCAGGGCGCAGAGACCUUCCGUCUAGCCUGUUAGAUGUUGCUGCAUCCCCACAGCAACACACUCCCACCCCAGGGCGCAGAGACCUUCCGUCUAGCCUGUUAGAUGUUGCUGCAUCCCCACAGCAACACACUCCCACCCCAAGGGCAGAGACCUUCCGUCUAGCCUGUUAG